CGUUCAGGGAGCGGCUGCGCGUGGGCGGGCGGGGUCUGCCCCCGGCCCCUGAGAGCCCCCGGCCCCUGAGAGCCCCUGGCCCUCGCAGCACGGCCGGUCCCGCACGGCACCGCCGGCCCGGCACACAGAAACUGAGUGGAGCUAAAGGGCCACAGAUGAAAGAACAUGAACAUUUCUGAAGGUGUGAGAUGAGUCUGACAGUGACCUCCUAACCUUGGUAAUAAAGAAGAGUUUUUCUACAGAAGCUUAGGAUAUCUUGACUCCAACUUCUUAAUAUACUAACUGGAAUGGUGUUCUGACAACAAUUUUCUGUAGUGAAGUACUUACCCUACUAGAGGACGGUGUUACUUUCCCUGCUGAUAAUGCAGCUCCAUGGAGGACAGUAAUGCUUGGAUAAGCAUGCGCGAGGAUCGCUCCUUCCACGUGCGAUACAGGAUGGAGGCUUCCUGCCUGGAGCUGGCUCUGGAAGGUGAGCGCCUGUGCAAAGCAGGAGAUUGCCGGGCUGGUGUGUCGUUCUUUGAAGCCGCUGUCCAGGUUGGGACUGAAGAUUUACGUACCCUGAGUGCUAUUUACAGCCAGCUGGGCAAUGCUUAUUUCUACCUGCAUGAAUAUGCAAAGGCCUUGGAAUACCACCACCAUGAUUUAACUCUUGCAAGGACAAUUGGAGAUCUACUGGGAGAAGCUAAAGCUAGUGGGAAUCUGGGCAACACCUUAAAGGUACUUGGGAAUUUUGAAGAAGCUAUCGUUUGCUGUCAAAGACAUCUGGAUAUUUCCAGAGAGCUUAAUGAUAAGGUUGGAGAAGCAAGAGCACUGUAUAAUCUGGGAAAUGUGUAUCACUCUAAGGGGAAAAAUGUAGCUAGUGCGGGGACUCACGAUCCAGGGGACCUUCCAGAUGAUGUGAAAAAUGCUUUACAAAAAGCUGCAAAUUAUUAUGAGGAAAAUCUGACAAUAGUAACAGAGCUGGGUGACAGAGCAGCACAAGGACGUGCCUUUGGAAAUCUGGGAAACACACACUAUCUUCUGGGCAACUUCAGGAGUGCAGUUUUAGCCCAUGAACAGCGUCUCCUAAUUGCAAAAGAAUUUGGUGAUAGAUCAGCGGAAAGAAGAGCGUACAGCAACCUUGGAAACGCCUACAUAUUCCUGGGGGAAUUUGAAACCGCUUCAGAAUACUACAAGAGGACGCUGCAGCUGGCUCGGCAGCUGAAGGACAGAGCUGUGGAAGCACAGGCCUGCUACAGCCUCGGGAACACGUACACUCUGCUCCAGGACUACGAGAAAGCCAUCGAUUAUCAUCUGAAACACCUGGUGAUUGCUCAGGAAUUAAAUGAUAAAAUUGGUGAAGGAAGAGCGUGCUGGAGUUUAGGGAACGCAUAUACUGCUCUGGGAAACCAUGACCAAGCUAUCCACUUUGCAGAAAGGCACCUGGAGAUUUCAAGAGAGGUAGGAGACAGAAGUGGAGAACUCACUGCCAGACUUAAUCUCUCAGAUCUUCAAAUGGUUCUUGGAUUAAGCUACAGUACAAACAACUCCAUGAUGUCAGAAAGCCAUGUGGUAGAAAACAGUUUCAAUGGUACCAGACCGAGAGCAGGACGCCGUCACAGCAUGGAGAACAUGGAACUUAUGAAAUUAACCCCAGAAAAGGUUCAGAACUGGAACAGUGAGAUUCUUGCUAAACAGAAACCACUGGUUGCCAAACCUUCAGCAAAACUGCAUUUUGUAAAUCGACUAAAAGGCAAAAAGUACAAAACCAGCACCACUUCCAAAGUUUUGCAGGAUGCCAGUAAUUCUAUUGAUCAUCGACUUCCCAACUCCCAGAGGAAAAGCAGUCGAGAGACAAUGGCAGAUGAAGGGUUCUUUGAUCUGCUGAGUCGAUUCCAGAGCAACAGAAUGGACGACCAGAGGUGCUACUUCCAGGAGAAGAACAGACUCCCAGCUGCUUCAGUGGCAAAAUCCUCUACUCCACCUAAAACAAUGCGAAAAUCCUUUUCCACUUCUGUGGUGUCCCCACACACAGAUGAGUUUCUGGACCUCCUGGCAAGCUCGCAGAGCCGCCGGCUGGACGACCAGCGCGCCAGUUUGAACAACCUGCCCGGGCUGCGCCUCCCCCAGCGCGACAGCCAGGCCGUGCUGGGGCACCUCAUGGCCAGCAACAGCAGGGAGCUGGAUGAUGACUUCUUUGAUAUAUUGAUAAAAUGCCAGGGUUCCAGACUGGAUGAUCAAAGAUGUGCUCCUCCAGCAUCUGCAAAAGGAUCCACUGUACCAGAUGAGGAUUUUUUCAGCCUCAUUUUACGAUCACAAGCUAAGAGAAUGGAUGAACAGAGAGUCCAUUUACCCCCAGCUAUAAAGGGACCAAAUUCUAGCUGAAGACACACACACAGGAAUGUACUGUACAGCAGCAUCUUAGCUUUUUUUAGGCACUGAAAUCUGAAUCCUACUGAAACUAGAACUCCUCCCUCUGCUUGUAAGGAGAAACGUCAGAAUGUUCUUCAAAAAAAAAAUCACCAAUCAGUUUAUCAUCCUGAGCUUUGAUGCUUUUACUCUGCUUCCUCUUCCCUGUUCAGCUUUGAAUUGCCCUAAAACUCAUCUGACACAUCAGCUUCUCACUCUGCAAAUCAUUAAACUAGGAGAAAAUCAGUUGGCUGUCCUAAAACUGAGCCGACAAACAGCCAACUGGUUUUACAGACUAUAAACCCAAAGAUAGACCUCCAUCUGAGCUGUGAUUAGUGUUAUGUGAAUUACAGGAAUAUCAGUAACUUCCUUGAGGCUGUUGGACAGUUACCUGGCUAGGCUUGUGUUUGCUACAUCAGAGUAUCAGUGCUUCCCCACUGAGAAUCUAAUUUUACCCAAAACUUAUUACACAAACUUGAUUUCCGACAAGUAGCAACACCCCAUAAGCCUGUUUUCUUGGCCACUUAAACGUAUAUUAUUAUCUUAACACAUUUAUUUCAAAUUCCAGACACAGUACCUAUAACUCUCCCAGAUUUUACAACCCCACCUUACACCUUACUGAUGUUCUCUUUCGGACACUGGAGAACUAGAGCAGAAUUAGCAAGUACAUGACAACCAAAGAUUAGACGACACUUACAGCAGAGCUCGGGCCUUCCUUAGUCUCCUUCCUGGGAGUCGCGUAAAAUGCUCUUUUCCUUCUCUUCACGUUGCUCCAUCACAGAGCUUUUCCCUUCUAGGUUUUUAUUGGGAUCACAGUUUUCUCCAGCCUCUCGCUCUGCUUUGCCUGUCUCCUGUUUCUGCUGCUCAACUGCAGGUUCCUCAGUAUGGUUUUCCGCUUUGAGAGUUUCUAGUCUAUGAACUUCAGACUCAGUGUACAACCUAUUCUGUAAAAAAAUUAAUAAUAAUUAUUAAUUAAGCUAUCUAAAGUGACAGCAUCUAUGGCUUCAAGGGCACCUCAGCUCAAGGGGCAGAGCUCACCCAAAGCAUGAGUAGUAUAAUUUUUUCCCCGGGGGUAACAGUGCAUGUAAAUAUACACAAUGUAGGGUAUAAAUCUGUUUUGAGUUUUCUCUAGUUUACAAAAAAGUCAGCACUUCCCUCUCCCCCUUUCUCCUGGGGGUAAUCAUGAAUGCCCAGGCUGACAUAAGUACUGAUCUUUCAAAACUGAAGUCUUAAAGAGUUUUAAUUCAGUAGUUUCCUGCCAGUUAGCCAUUGCAAAGUAUUUUUCCAGAAAGAAACAUGUCCAAGACAGCUCUACCAAACUGUUCUGUCAGGAAACAUGUACUUCCUUAACUCCUCUCUCCCCAGGAUUUGGGUUAAGCUUGUUGUUUAAGCGUGUUUAUCAGGUGACAUUGAAAUCUAUUCAAUUUAAUCCCAGCUCAAAGAGCACCAGGACUAACAUUAGGUUCUGGUUUGUGAGACUCUUGUACGUGUGUGUCCGGCUCAUUGCUGGUCUGUGCUGUGUCGGGGUUCCUGCUGCCAUUCGCUGCUCUCACAGUGAGGGGAGGUCUCGCAGAGCCAUCUCCUCUGUCCUGGUGUCCUCUGUACACAUAUGGGUGCUUCUGCAAGUAAUAGUCCUCUGAUUGCCUCCCAUCGUACUGCCCAAAGCCUAUUUGCUCCUGUUGACUAUCAGGUGGAGGAAGACUUUUCUUCUGAGAAGAUGUUAAGUAUCUUAACGCAGACACCGAUGAUCCUGCACCAUAGCAAAAAGCCUGGGGGAGGGAAAAAACCAAGCUGAACAAAACACCACAUACUUGCAGCCUGUGGUUCUCACAUAGAUAUCAAAGUCAGGCAUCUACAAGACCCUGAAUGAAAAGCUCAGGUGAUCAGAAGGGCUGCAGUAAAAUUCAAGCUUUCUACAGUCUGACCACACUGCAGGAACUGCCACAUUGGGUGCAGUUCAUUGUUGGUGCUACACUGAAGUUGUUGAAGGUUUUAACUCAAUGCUUUUGUGUACAAAAUGCCAAUUAUAUGCAUCUCUGUGUAAUGACACAAAGAAGAAAUGGGAACUAAGCUGCAAUAAACUGUCAUAGAGUCUUA